GUGGCACUAAUAAAGACGGAGGGAGGUUUGGUAACUUGCUUUGAUGCAUUAACAUUUCUGCUCUUUUUAUUCUGCAAAUAUAAUUAUGCAGACAACAGACGGGGUAAAGUGCUGCAGAGAGAGCAGUUUGGAUUACAGACUGUGUAGCUUUGAUGCUUCAAAAGAGCAACAGCGAAAGCGAUGUAAUGAAAAAGAAGAGGGGGAAAAUGCACAUACCAAUACAAUAAAGGCAGAUUAGAGUGCUUGAGAUGGGGAUUGACGAAGAUCAGCCCCUUGCUGAGAUGUAAAUGGGGGAGGGGGCGUACAACUGGUAGUGGAGAUACCUUCCCUGCAGGGUCCCAUUGUCUGCACCCUCUGGCUGUGAAUACAGGGCUGAAUCCAGCAAACAGGACAUUGUCUCCCACUAGCUGAUCGCCACAUGUUGCCGUGUUGUCUGAUGUUUCCUCCUGCAGUGUUUCACACUUGUGCGGUGAAAGGCUUCCUCCCUUUAGCUCAGGAAAUUCGUGCAGGGUGUGAUUUCUUCUCUUAUGCAUUGCGCUAGAUGAAGCAAAUCCUUCCUCUCCCUGCCUUCAAACGGCCUGUCUAUUAUUAAAAGCUUUUAAACGAAGCACUGUGUUGGCCGACUACCAAAUGCAAAGCUUGUUGCCAAGGAAACACAUACCCGUGUCAGCUCUCGCUCUCUUUUUUUUUUUCUGCCCUCCCCUGAGGCUCAUAUUUCAAAACUGUCAGCAAUCGCGUGCGCUCACAGUGCUGCCUUUCAGCUAAAAGCUUUUUGUGGUGCCGGUGAAGCCAAAAUAGAGCGGAAAAAGAGAGCGAAUGGGAGUGGUUAGAGGAUGGGGGAGGAAAAAAGAAGGGCCUCCCCCUCUGUUGCCACGGCAACUUGAUGUCACGCUGACAUCACACACCACUAAAAGCUUUUAACCAGAUUCGUCUCCUGCCUUAGGCCCCAUUUUGAGUCCUCUUUCAGCAAGGCUAGGGGGAAGGGCAGAGGCAGGACGGUGUGUGUGCCUUCUAGCAUGUAUCACUCCCCCACUGCAGACUCAGCACCGCUCUUAGCACAGUAAAAGACUUUUAAAGCCAACCUCUAAAGAUCUUAUUCCUGCAAACACAGCCUGCACAGGCCAAGAGAACUAUUUAAAAAAUGGCAGCAGAGGAUGGUUUCAGCUACUUGAUCCCAGGCCACAGUGAGAAACACAGACGGGCCCCGAACUGGACCGAUGGUGAAAUGAAAGCGCUCCUGUACGUUUGGGAGGAACACCACAACGAGCUGAAAAUGAGCAAGAGGAACGCUAAGGUUUAUGAGAAGAUGUCCCAGAGGUUUUUCCAGCUCACGGGAGAGCAGAGGUUCAAAGAGGAGAUCAAGAUGAAAAUCACCAACAUGUCCUUCCAGUACAGGCGACUGAAGUCCACAGCCGGUGACGGCGGCGAGACGCCGGACUGGCCGUACUAUAAGGCCAUUGAGAAGAUCCUCUCAAAGCCGCCUGAGAACGGGCGGGUGAACCCCUUGGAGUUCCAGGCCUCGGCUGCAGGUCCUUCCACCUCCUCCCAGUCCACAGACAUUAGCCUGGUGCCCCCGUCGGAGGAGGGGGGGGUGGGCUUCCUGCCCGAGUACACAGGCUCCUCAGAUGAGAUGGAGAUCAAACAAGAGCUGGACUCUCUGAGCUCUGACAGCGAGCGCACGCAGGGCUCCAGCUCACAUCCCAUUUCAGCCAGGAAGAGGUUUGCCAACAGGCAUCUGUCGAUGAAGAGGAAGAAACUCCGCGUGAUGCAGGCCAUGCUGCAGGAGCAGAAGCGGUCCAGUCGGGCCGUGGAGGAGAUGUGCAGGGAGACGCGCCGGGCCAUGCACCAGCAGAACCUGCUCCAGGUCCAGUGUCUGCAGCUGCAGGAGCGAAUGAUGAAUCUUCUGGAGAAGAUGAUCCAGAUUCCCUCUCCCACAUCGGUGCCGUGGAGUCACAGCGGAGCCAAAGAUCCAGGGAAACCGUGAAGUGUGCUGCUUAGGGUUGUCAACAAGGGCAUGGUUUUGAUUAAUUUACAUAAUAGAAGCUAAAAUAACACGUAUUAAUGUCAACUGGACUUCUUUUCAGUCGGUUUGACUCAACAUUCAGACAACUUCACCUGGAACUGAGACUCUUCACUCAAACAUGUAUUGCAUUAUAGCUAAUGUUAUUUAACAUGUUGAAGGCUCAUUGUGUUGUAUAACUGCAGUGUAUAUAGCACAUACCAGUAAAAUAAGUAUGGAGAGGGUCAAACGAAGGCUGUCGAGAUUUUAAGGCUCCGGUCUGCGUUUUAAUAUCAAUAAUAGCUGUAUCAUUAUGAUUUGUCAAGAACCUAAUUAAAAUCGCUAUGGGAACAACAUGCUUGCUAAACUAUACUCAUCUUGUCUUUUAAUUUCCCACUGUGCAAAGAUAAUUACAGGUUUGAGAGAUGUGAUGCCAAAGCAGAGCCAUUUGUAGCAGUGUGAACUGGUGGUUGGGACAGUAAUAUAAUAAUAAUCCCCAUUGUGUUUGAGGACAGACAGCUAAUACCCACACAGGCCUCAUGAAAUCGGUGAUAAACCAAAUUGCUGCCGUCUCUCGUGGAAACUUUCUGACUUUUAUUGGUCUUGCUUUAAAUAACUGUAUGACAGUCGCGCUAUUUGGUUUUUAAUAAUAGUGAAAUUCCUCUUUUCAGCGGAAAGAUCUAGGAUAGCAAGUAAUGGUUAUUUUUCUAUUCAUGUACAUGAGGAUAAUCCGCCUGCAAACUAAAUAAAGUGAAUGUAGCAUUUAAACCGUUGCAAACUACAACACAGAAAUCAAUAGCACAAACUGUUUCUAUGUAAGAAUGAUUGUUGUUGUUUGCAUGUCUGUAAAAUAAAACCUAAAAUCUU